AUGACAAUGAGAUUUAUUGAUGAUUGUCCUAAUGGCAAAUUUGACAAGAAGAAAUUUAUCAAAGUUUACAAACAAUUCUAUCCAUCUGGAAAAUUAGACCAUGUUUGCAAAUAUGCUUUUGAUAUAUUUGAUGCCAACGGUGAUGGUACAAUUGAUUUUGAAGAAUUUCUUUUAGCUAUUUCAGCUACAAGUCAGGGUAAUCUUCAAGAUCGUCUUAACCUUGCUUUUGAUAUCUGUGAUAUUUAA